AUGGCCCUUGCGUGCACCGCGGGGGGGAUCAUUUAUGAUGCCUAUCGAUGGCAAGGACUCAGCAUCUUCCAUUGUAGUUGUCAAGGGUCGCUGUUCCUGUUGCUUCUCAUCUCCCCGACCUGUCGGCAGUCGUUUAUGGCCUACUGGUUUGGAGAUCCAGAUGAAGAGGAUGUUGAUGAUGAUGACGACGAUGGCAUUUCAAUGAAGGAUCUGCAGGUGCAGCCGAAUUCGCCGAAUGUGUCGCCGACGAAAUCUAGCGCGGAGGAAAUCAAGAGAGAGGCAAAUGCACUAGAACAAAAACUGCCUGGUCAAAGUGAUUUGGUGCUGGAGGAUGUUGAGGACCCUUCCGGAGUUUCGAAGGUGAGCGUCAGCGAAGAAGCUCCAAACCGACAGGUGAGUUUCAGCGAAGCUCCAGAGGCUGCAAACCGACAGGUGAGCUUCAGCGAAGCUCCAGAGGCUGCAAGCCGAAAUGUGAGCUUCAGCGAAGCUCCAGAGGCUGCAAACCGAAAUGUGAGCUUCAGCGAAGCUCCAAAGGCUGCAGACGCCCCUGAGGAGGACGAGGAAGAGGAACAAAAGCCUGAAGGAAACAAGGUCGGAAAGGUCUCCACGGUGAGUGAGGCGAGUGGCGGCUCCCCAAAGGCCGGCAAAGUGGCCAAGGCCUCUUCCAGGGUGACCUUCGGAGCCGAGGAAGUCCAGACCAUGGAGCAAGAUUUAGCGGUCGUCAUGGUGAAGGCACCCGACAUUCCAGCCGCAGAGGAGGAUGUGACAUCGGCCACAGCUGAUGAGGGCGAGAUCGUUAUCGGCGUGGACUACGAUCAGGUUGAUGAUCUCAAGAAGGUUUUUGAUCAGCAAGAUGAGGACGCGCUCACGCCCACGUCCAGAUUGAACGUGUGA